UCGCCAAUUGGGAAAUCUGUGCACAGGACUCGCAGUAUCGCGAAUCCCGCAACUCCUGCUGCAGUUUACAUUGCGUUGUCCUUGCGUGAGGACGUGCGUAGAUCACCAUUUUAAUUUCCGCAGUAUUACGAGUGUCGGACAUAAGAAAAAAGUUGUUUAAAAAAACGAGUUGAACUGCACUGAAACCGCAGGAUUGAACCCUAUUUUUGCUGUGGAUUGCGUGUGUGCGAGCUGCAGUUUUUGUGUUUCUGACAUAGCAUUUACCAAAACAGAAGGCGGAGAAUAGGGAAAAGGAUACGACGAAGGAUCUGCCAUAGUCCCAAACUCUGUGUGUGUGUGUGUGGGUAAGGCUGUUGCUUCCUCGCCCCCAGUGCAUGUGUGUGUGUGAGUGCGAGUGUGUUUGUGCAGUCACGUGUUCUAAGGUGAUUUUAACGAGUUCCGUGAUACGCGAAAUGAGAUAAGGAACGAAAAAGGAGCAAAAUCGGGAGGAGCGCACGGCUUAGGUGGGCACAAAAAGGAGCAACAAGAGGCCACGCAGCCAAAGCCAACAACCAAAUCCCCAUUCGCCAGGACACACAGGAUACCUGCUCGGUGCUCCUUAAAGGAUUCUCUGAUAAAUCAACCGAAAAUUGCAUAAAACAAAAUUGUUUGCCAAAUUGUGCGCAGCAAGAGAACCAAAAAGCAAAAGGCAAGGCCGCACACUCACAUGUGAAAUAUGAUUAGCCAGUUACAUUGAAAGUACAACAAAAUAAAAAGGGAGAAAACUUACGCAAAUAACCUGAAGCAACCAUAGAUAAACUAGCAACAUGCGGUUUCCACAGAAUGCCUAUCAAACGGCAUUGACCACAAUUCUUCUGGCGCUCACAUUAGAGAUGACCACGGCUUUACGGGAUGUCCGGGUUCGAGUUCCCCACGCGGUGAGGCGCAGUGAGAAGGCCACACUGAAAUGCUUCUACGACAUCGAGGAUGACAGUCUGUACUCUGUGAAAUGGUAUAAGGGCAGACGGGAGUUCUAUCGGUACACUCCAAAGGAAAAGCCGCCCAUGAAGGUCUUUCACUUCCCAGGAGUCAAAGUGAGGCGCGUGUCCUCGAACGAGAGCCAAGUGGUGCUCGAUGCGGUAACAAUGGCUACAUCCGGUAAAUACAGUUGCGAAGUAUCGGCGGAUGCGCCCUCAUUUCAUACAUUAAUAGCGGCGGCAGAAUUGGAAGUUAUUGAAACGCCCCACAAUGCCCCAUUCAUAACGGGCAUACGUCCUCGAUACCGGGUCGGCGACAUAUUGCGAGGUAAUUGCACAUCGCGACACUCGCGGCCGGCGGCCAAUCUCACAUGGACAGUGAAUAAUGAAGAGGUAAAUCCGGCCCUAGUGCGACACCAUAAAAUACUUCGUGAUGCUCGUAACGAUAUGGAAACUGCUGUUGUGGGUAUCCACUUUGUAGUCACCGAUCAGCACUUUGAUAAUGGAAAGCUUAAGCUCCGCUGCAGUGCCCAAUUGCACGAUGUCUAUUGGAAAACCACCGAAAAGAUUGUGCUCGAAACAGAUCUUUUUCCAAAACACGGAAACGGGCCCAAUGGCAAUCAUGUAAACAACGACGAUUUCUAUGAUCAAUAUGCUCUGCACGAGGAUCAUUUGCACAAUAAAAAGAACAGCUACCUGACGCAGCUACAGGGCGAAGAAGACGACGGAACCGAGGGCGGAUUAGGGGAUGGAGGAGCCGCUUGGCGAGGCGCCGGUUCGUCCAGUUCCCGCCUGAGUCCGAGCUCAAGUCAAUCCUGUUGGAUGGUCGGUGGAUCGCUAAUGGCGGUGCUCAGUUGGACGCUGGCCAGGCAAUUAGUGUCGCCGGUGCAGGCGGUGAUGACAAAGACCGGCGGUGCAACGUGCAACAUGAGCGGAAGGUGCACAAGCCGGCGGACAAGACCCCAUGGAAUGCGGGUCAGCGCAACAAAGCAAAAGCAAAAGCAAUGGCAAAGGCAAAGGCAAAUGCAGCAGGAGCAUCGCAAGUGCUGCCUGCGGGUGUCGAAAAGCAGCUGGAAAGGACGUGGAUAUGUGUGCGGAUGUGGAUUCGGCAGGAUCAACAGCAGAUGUAUCAGGCAAUUAACAUGAUUCAAUUGUCACACAACUCCAGUGCCACAAGCCAGGGGUCGAAAUUAAAGCGAAGUCCAGCGAAAGCUAUAGUUAGAGGAUAUUGGGGGAGAGUUCAGCCCAAGGCCAAGACCCAGAAGCAACUGCAGGAUGUAUCUAAAGUAAUUACACUAACAAGACACCAGACACUCGUUUCAGCUAGCUCAAAGUAACUUCAAAUGCAUUUAAGGGAAGAAUACAAAACAUACAAGACAAUGUAAGCCAGAUACGCGAUAUACAAGCAAAACGCCAGUUCGUUAUAAAUUCAACGAUAUCUAUUUGUUUGACUUUCCUAAGAUGAAGAUGGCCUGGAGGUUUACGCUUUUGACAGCUUUCAAAAAUACGAUUUCUUGUACUUCUCAUAAUGUUAAUUUUAUUCCAAAACCUCUACAGAGAUAAUUUCACAAAGCAAAUGAAGAAUGUUGUGCUAAGCUUUUAAAUUUAGGUUCUCUAUACAUUUAUAUUUAUAUAUGAAAGUCAAGAUUAUUUAUAAAACGUAUAAAUGAUAUUUAUAUAUAUGUAUAUGUUCUAUAUAAAACGAAAUUAUAACAUAUGCGCCUAAAUGUAUUUGCCCCAAAAAGAAAACAAAACAUGAGGCAAGAGUAAGCAAUUAGGUCGUAAGUCUAAAUAUUGCCUAUAUAUGUAAAAGUAUAUAUGUAUUGUAAUUGUAUAUAUUAUAUAAAAAAAGCGAAACACAAAGAUCGAGACAUGUAUGAUAUAAGAAUUUACGGUAGAUAAUCAAAAUAAAAACGAAACCGAG